AGAAAGGGCCCCGAAGGCGGCGGCGGCGGCACAAAAUGGCGACGACGGCGGCGGCGGCGGCGGCGGCGGGAGCUCCCGGCCCAGCAGCGCCCACCGCGGCGGCCGGCGCCCCCGGCUCGGGGGGAGCCGCGCCCGGGUCGCAGGGGGUGCUGAUCGGGGACAAGCUGUACUCAGGAGUGCUCAUCACCCUGGAGAACUGCCUGCUGCCCGACGACAAACUGCGCUUCACACCGUCCAUGUCGAGCGGCCUGGACACUGACACCGAGACUGGUCUUCGCGUGGUGGGCUGCGAACUCAUCCAGGCGGCCGGAAUCCUUCUGCGCCUGCCGCAGGUGGCCAUGGCUACGGGGCAGGUGCUGUUCCAGCGGUUCUUUUACACCAAGUCCUUCGUGAAGCAUUCCAUGGAGCAUGUGUCCAUGGCUUGUGUGCACUUGGCCUCCAAAAUUGAAGAAGCUCCAAGAAGAAUCCGGGAUGUCAUCAAUGUAUUUCAUCGCCUUCGACAUCUGAGAGAGAAAAAAAAGCCUGUUCCUCUGCUGCUGGACCAGGACUACGUUAAUUUAAAAAACCAGAUCAUUAAGGCGGAAAGACGUGUUCUGAAGGAGCUAGGCUUCUGUGUCCACGUAAAGCACCCUCACAAGAUAAUCGUUAUGUACCUUCAGGUGUUAGAGUGUGAGCGUGACCAACACCUGGUCCAGACUGCAUGGGUAGCCUCUGAGGGUAAGUGACUAAGACUUCUCCUCUGCUGUCCAAGCGCUUUGGUGCAGGGACAGCGGCCGUCUUCAGCCAAUCCAGUGCAGGCUCUCCACCGAAGGCUGGCUCUAGACUGGUGGUAUGCGUACGAUAGUAUAGUCAUGGCCGACUGCUGCUUGUGGUUCUUUGACGAUUGUGCUUCUUGUUAAUCCUGUCGUGCUUUGGUAAUUGUAUCAAUUAGAGUUGAUAACUGUCUUGACUUGAAUUUUGUCCCUAAAUUGCUGUAUUUGUAUCAUAAAGAUGCAAUACCUUUCUCUAAAAGUUCUAUGGAAAACUGUAAGAACGGAGGUGAAAAGUUGGCUGAUGGGAAUUGAAGCCAUCAGUACAAGAUUCUUUCAUUAUUUGUUGGAGUCCUGUAGUUGCUCUUCUCAGCAGCUAAGUGUGGGACUCGUCCCAGGAAAGGUGUGCAUCUUUAAAUUACUCUUUGGAUACUUUUGAAUACAUUGUAAUUUAUUUUAAAUAGAGCAAUAAGUUUAAGUAUAUGUUCUGAAGAUUUCAUUUGUCUAUAGAAUUUAAUGGAUUAGUAUCAUUUUUUGAGUACUGAAUAUUCGUAUUAGAAACACAAAGUUACUGAUGGCUGUAUUAUCAAUGUUUGAGCUGUUCAUCUGCAAAGUCACUUCUGGGAUAAGUCACUGUACUGCCACCACACUGGCUUGCAGAGCCAGCUGCCUCUCGGACACCUGUAGAAUUUAUUAUUUAGAAUGUCUGAGUGUGUUUGAGUGUGACCUUCUCCAGGGUUGGGGUAACUACACUCCGAUUCUAGGGGAUGGGAUGCCAUUGUUUGGGUGGUUGGGCAGUGAGUGAGUAUAUAACUUCUCCGGUUGUUUUCUAACAGAAUUACUUGUUUUUACAAUGUUUACAAAUCUAGUAAGAGGCCUAGGUUUAGCUUAUAUAUCUUAGAGAAAUAUAUCUCAAGGAAAGUGUUUUAAUGUAAUGUUUUUACAACUGCAGUUUUGUACUUGUCUUCUAAAAUAUGAUAAAGUUUAUAAAUGUACUUAUGUGAUGCAACUUCUAGUGUCUUGUUGCUUCUGAUUUUAUGGAUGUUCAUUUUAAGACUCCUUGUUGAAAUGGGACAGUUUGGAAUGUUCUUUGAUUAGCCUGAGAAGAGGACUCCUGACUGACUCCUUGGGCACUGGCCUUCCGCGUGACGGUCCCUUGCACCCGAACUGCACCCAGGGGCCUGUCCCUUUCCAAGUGGACUCCCUAGCAGAAGCUGUGGCCCAGGCAUCUGGAGAAGGACCAGGCCACAAGUGCUACACAGAAGAGGAUCACGGGAGGACAGCUUGUCUUGGCCGCAAGCCUUCCCACUCAGCCCGUUUAUUUGAGUUUGCAUGUUUCUCUGCACUCUGGAUUUUGAGCAUUUAGAUUUCUUUAACCAAGUACAUUUUAACCACUAAGUAGCAUUUUCUUUUGGAGGCAUUGUGCUUUGCAUGAUGGCAAGCUAAAAGUCGAGGGAAAAGUAAAGUUAAAGUUGGUUCUCGUUCAUAGCAACACGUUAUUAUCUGACAUUCAGCCAGUUUUGUCCCCAUUCUUCCCCCAGUGAUUUCUCUUUCUUAUGUUCAGAAAACGCAGCUAGAAUCUCCUUACCUCCUGGGCUUCCUAGUACUGCUAGUGCUCAGCCCUAGCGGUAGAACAUGUUAGAGUAGCAGUGGCCCUAGGGGACAUGG